UGCUAUAUAUUAUAGUCUAUAUAAUUGUGUAAAGUCAAGUUAUGUUUCAAGUUUGGUAUCGUAUCUAUAUCAUUUAAAUAUUCCGAGCGAUGGAAGAAGUACUCAGAUACUUUACUUAAGUGAAAGUAUCAAUUCAACAGUGUAGAAAUAUUCCAGCAAACAUAAAAAUUGUGCAUAUUCCCACGUGUUAACAGCAUUUCCUCGCCUCUUACUCGGGAAGAACUAGUUUCAAGAACAGUAUUGACAGGAGAAGAAGUACUUCACGUUGUAAUCAAAGAGCUUGAGUACCCAUAAUUAUUUAGUAUCAUCCACUGCUGCCGUUCACAUUAAUGAUGCUGAAAACAUACUCAAUAAUCAGGAAUCAGGAAGUAUGUGUGACAUACAAGGAACACUUUUGCAACUAAUUAAUCAAUUUGUAAAAAUACCGAAUUUCAAUGAAACGAGCACUAAAAUGAGAAUUGUGAUGUGAGAGAUCACCGCUCUUUGUGAAUAGCGGGCAUCUGCUCUGUGGAGACCUCCAUCAGCGCUCAGUGGCACUUAGCGACCACCAGGCGACAGUAGUCACACAUUUACCCAAACACUGACCCGCACUCGCUGACGAAAGAAGUGGAUUCCCAUGAUCCGCAUCAGUCCAAACAAAGAGAUCAAGUCACAGGAGAGAAAUAAACUCCACCUCCUCUCCUUCGCUCACUUUCCAGUGUUUGGUGCUGGGAGAGUUUUGGCUGGUUACUGAGAACAACCACACGAAUGCGCUUUGACUGUUAUUGCUCUGCGUGUUUUCCGCCUGAUGACCUCACACGUAAUGACAAAUACACGUUAUUAAUAGAAACAUAUUGUUGUGUGUGUGUGAUGAAGAGACGUGUUGAUCUGUGGCUUUGCUGCUCAUGAAUAGACCUCGCUGACAGAUCCUCAUAGUCCUCACGACGCGCUCACAAGGUGGAGGCGGCUGCAUGUGACCAGAUUUCAACCUGUGAUGCUUCGCACACAUAACGCACAUCUGUGACCACAAGUAAUACAUGAUGUGUUUAUGAGGGCGAGCAGAACGAGUACUUGGUUGGUACUGGAGAUUGGGGACUAUGACUGUAAGGUUAUUAUUAGUCAAAAUGUGGACGACCAAAUCUACUGAAGCACCUAUUAGAGGAAUGACCAGAGAGUGUUUGGCAGUUAACUUGCUUCUUAUUUAUUUUUUAUCCCCCUCCCUUUUGUUCUUUGUUGAUUUUUUAGUUAAAUGAUUUGUUACUUUAUUUAUUUGCGGUUCAGUUUUCUUUAAUUCCAUAAUUAUUUUGUAUUCUGUUGUUGAGCAUGAAUAGCCAGAAGCCUGUAUCCUCCUCUCCUCCUCUCCUCCUGUCGCGAUGCUUUGAACUGGCGGAGAGCGUGCGAGCAGCUCAGACGUAGAGCGGCAGCCAAACAGGGACUUCCACUGGGACGGAAUCGCUGUCCUCACCCGCUCGCCCUGAACAUCAUCACCUCAGUGAUGCGAACCCGCUGUGCGCUCUGUCUCUUCCUCGCUGCGUAUCGCUCGCCCUCGCUGGUCCACGCGAGCGUCCCUCCGCGCUCACACAGGCAGACAGGUGGCCAUUCUCUGCUUUUGGGUUUGGCUUUCCUCCGCUUGGCUUCUUGUGAUCGGGGGAGCAGAUGAUUGAGGGGAGAGGGGGCGGAGGAGGAGGAGGAGGAGGAGGAAGGGGUGAUACAGGCGUUUCCCUGUCGAUGAUGUGGAGGAGUUUCCUGAGUCGAGGAGGUGGGUGCGGUGCAGUGGGCGGGGCUUUGCCAGGGCUCCUUGGCUCCACUGGCCCCUCCGUGAUGAUGAAACCAUUCCUGCCGUUUCCCGUCGAGACGUCGUCGCCAGUUGGUAUUUUUCCAAACUUCAACACGAUGGACCCGGUGCAAAAGGCCGUCAUCAACCACACGUUUGGCGUUAGUUUGGUACCCAAGAAGAAACAGGUCAUCUCAUGCAACGUCUGCCAGCUGAGGUUUAACUCUGACUCUCAGGCAGAAGCUCAUUACAGAGGCAGUCGUCACGCCAAGAAACUCAAGUCUCAGGAGAAGAAGACCAAGGCAAAGCUGUCGAUCCCUGGAGGGACCAAUGGGAGCAUCACAAGUCCUGUUUGCCCCGCCCCUCCUGUCUCAUCUAACAGCAGCACCAAUCAGCUCACAGAUCUCUCAUCUUGCUUCACUGACUCCUUUCCUCUCAAACCAUUCCUCCUCCCCUGUUCCUCCUCCCCUCCCUCCUCCGCCUCCCCCUCCUCCAGCAGACCAGGCAGCGAGCCUCCUCCCUCCAGUCCCCCCACCGCUCUCCCCGCCCCGGGCCUCCUCUCCACUUCUUCCUCCUCUCCCUUUUCUUCCAAAGCCUCUCAAACCCACCCUCCUUCAGCUCCCGUCACCUCCUCUUCAUCGGCACCUUCUCCUCCUUCCCACGCCUCCUCCAAAGAUGCUACAGUGGAAUCGGAGGAGGAGAAAGCAAAGAAGCUGUUGUACUGCUCUCUGUGCAAAGUGGCCGUCAACUCUCUGUCCCAGCUGGAGGCUCACAAUGCCGGUUCAAAGCACAAGACGAUGCUGGAGGCUCGGAGUGGCGCCGGGCCAAUCAAGGCCUACCCUCGAGCCGGAGCCAAGCUGAAGAGCGUCAGCGGCACUCCGCUGAAAGGCUCCGGCCUGCAGAACAAAACCUUCCAUUGCCAGAUCUGUGAUGUCCACGUCAACUCCGAGAUCCAACUCAAACAGCACAUCUCCAGCAGGAGGCACAAAGACAGAGUGGCAGGAAAACCCAGCAAACCUAAAUACAGUCCUUAUAACAAGCAGCCGCGCAGCUCCCUCACUGAGUUGGUCAAGCCCUCUCUCGCUCCAUCCUUCCUCUCUAGUCCCUUUGCUCCUCCGCCCUCCUCCCUCACUUCCACCAUCUCACUUCCUCCCACCCCACUCUCAUCCUCCCCCCUCCUCUCUCGCACCUCCUCCCCCCUCACCUCGACCAUCUCCCUCCAUCCAACCUCAUCAUCCCUCUUCACCGCCGCCUUCAUGCGCCCGGCUCCUGGACCAAUCCGAGCGAGCCAAGGAUCAAUCGUCUUCACGCCGUACUGAGAUGAGGAGUCGAACCUGACGUCCAUCCGGCCUGCGAUCCAGUCUGCAGGGAUUAAGACCGGCAACCUCCUCAACCGGCUGUAACUUCAAAGGAAGUCUUGAGGGAACAGAACCUUCCCCUCUCCGGAUCUCCUUCCCGGGUGUGAAAUGUCCCACAACAACUGCUAGUGAUUUCAUCCAAAUCACAACUGAUGUCACGAGCAGUGGCUGGAAGUUUCCCACACAUCAUUCAUGGAAACCUCUUUCUUUGAUGUUAACUAAAAAGAACCCCACCUCAUGGCGUUUGACACCUCAUGGCGUUUGACAAACGACUCUCCAUAUUUCAGAUUGAUUGAGAUCAACAGCACUGGUAUUUGUGAUGAACCAGAAUGUACGAGAAGAAUCUAAAGGAUAUCUCAACAAUCUCCAGAACCAGCUCCUGGAUUAAAAUGCCCUGAUUGACAGGCAGCUUGUGUUGAGACACAAAGAAGAAGAGUGGACUUGGUUCAGGUCUGUUUGGGUCAAGCCCUCUGAGUUUGAAGGAGCAGUGAACAAAGAGUACGGUGGAUGUCAUCAUGUCAUGUAAUCACUGUACUGAGGUCCUCCCACAGCCGGCCCGCCACUAAUGUUCAACUAAAGUGGGAGGUCGAAAAGGAGAAAUGAAACCACCCGUGAGCCUCUUGUGGAAUGAAGUGCACACUCCUGCUUCCUCCUCAUAACUCACGUGCACACUCCUGCCUCAUAACUCACGUGCACACUCCUGCUUCCUCCUCAUAACUCACGUGCACACUCCUGCCUCAUAACUCACGUGCACACUCCUGCUUCCUCCUCAUAACUCACGUGCACACUCCUGCCUCAUAACUCAUGUGCACACUCCUGCUUCCUCCUCAUAACUCACGUGCACACUCCUGCCUCAUAACUCACGUGCACACUCCUGCCUCAUAACUCAUGUGCACACUCCUGCCUCAUAACUCACGUGCACACUCCUGCCUCAUAACUCAUAACUCAUGUGCACACUCCUGCUUCCUCCUCACAACUCACGUGCACACUCCUGCCUCAUAACUCACGUGCACACUCCUGCUUCCUCCUCACAACUCACGUUCACACUCCUGCAUCAUAACUCACGUGCACACUCCUCCUCAUAACUCACGUGCACACUCCUCCUCAUAACUCACGUGCACACUCCUGCCUCUACCUUCUGUCCUCUGCGGUGCCGGCGUACUGCGGACUCACUAGUCUGUCCGGACCAGCUGCUUCCUGCUUGUUCAGUGAUCCUGACGAACAUGACUUUGGUCCUGAUGAGCUUUGGGUUCCAGUCCUCUCCUUCCUGCUCCUACUGCAUUUGAACAGAACUUUCUGGAGUUCCUGGUGCGUCUGACCAGCAACUUUUACUGAACUUGGGGAACUUCUUAGGACGUCUAACACAUUACUGGUUCUUUUCCCAUCCAUCCACAACCAAGCAGCGCUUUUCUUAAUUACAAUAAUAUAAUGUAACAGACCUCUGAGAAGUUACUUGACAGUGUGUAAUGUUGUAAAUAUAAACCCAAAGGCUUUGUCACGACUUUCAAACAACGCAGUGAUGUUUCCGUCCAUCGAGCACUUUGGUCCAGAGACAUUUGGUGUCAUUAACUUUCCUCUAGUGCUGCUCCAAGUAAAGCUGUAGAGCAGCUCAUCAUUAACAUGUUUGCGUGUUUCAGAAUUGUUGUGUCACAAGCUUUACUCUGAGCUUUCAACUUCCUCUUUAAAUGUGAAAAGCUGAAAGAAAAUGUUUCCCGUAUGUGGCUUAAUGGGGCUCCGGCUGUGAGGAGACAUUUACCCUGAUCCACAUGUAUGGAUUCAAAUGAUGAAAAAAUAGAAAUCCCAAUAGACAGAUUCACACAAUAGACCUAAAAGUAACAUUAUUUAUUAUUGAAAAUAUUUUGUUGCACUAAAUCCUCUUGCUUCCUGCAUAUUGUCUUGCCUUGCUAUUAAUGCCGUGUUGUGGGUGUCCUGAUCACAAUGGCCAUCACAACUUUCCACUGUUGUUUUGGUGUUAACAAAAGGCAAUUUUAGACUCCUAUUUAGUCCAUUUUAAAUGACCAGGUUUUUAAAGGUCGUAAAGCAGCUUCCCACAACCAGGAGAAACCAUUGAAAACCCGACGAGGUGUAAAAACUCCUCCUUCUUGAGACCUAACAGAGUUUUUGGGGUGGGGGGGGGGGGUCUGAAGGCUCUUCUCUCAUUGGCUGGUCACAUUUUGAAGCGUUGAGGGUUGAAAGGGUUUCAAUCUUAUUGGCGGGAGAAUACCUGAAGGAGAAGUUCACUUUCCAUGCAGUCAAUAUGCAUUAACCCCACAUAGAAUAUGUACAUGGACGUGGGAGUGUUGUAUGAGGACUUAACAUACCGGGAAUACGUCAUGAGUCAGCUAUUCCACACCUGCAGUUUUUGUAAAUACAAAAACAUAUUUAAAGCAGUUAAUUUUUCGAGUGAACAAAAGGUAUUAAUUUUUUUAUGAAAAAAUGGAAGUCGUUUGUAUCUUAAUAUGAAGUCCCAAGCUCCAUAUUUUUGAUUUUAAACCAGCCAAACGUUUAAGAACAGUUUCAGAAAGUAGUGAAUGAGAGAGUUACAAUGUAAACACACCAAACAAGAAACUGACUCAAAAAGUUGAAGUUGAAGUGAAUGAUACAAUCAUGAAUUGGUGAUUGAGCGGCGAUUACUUUCUAUGGUUUCAAAUGGUUGAUGUUUUCGUGUCUCUCUUCCUGUCUCCUCCUGAAGAACUUGAAGAAUCUCAGUCUUCCAAUAGAGAACAAACAUGUGUGUUUGUCUGUUUGUGUUUAUUUAUGCAGUAUUUUGUUUAUUUGCUCAUGAAUCUCAUCAAUAUCCAAACUAAGUAAAAAAUCAAAUGGAUUCUUCAGCUAAACCUCCUCCUCUGUCCGAUGAUGUCACAACGAUGCUUAUUGAAACUGUCAAAAUACUUUUGCUGGAAAACCAAGAACAUUUGAAUGUUUUUGUGUGUGGGGGGGGGGGGGGGACAAAAUCGACAUAUUAGGGCAAAGACUUUAAAGUUUGGUUUAGGUAAAUGACUUUGACUUUAAGGUUAAGGUAGCAAUGCAAGUCAAUGAAAUGCACCCAAAACUCAAGGGAAAGCCAUGUGUGUGUGUGUUCCCUCCGUGUCUGGAACAACACAAAACAACAUUUUCUAUUAACUCUGGAGGAUGUGUGUUAAACGAGGAGGCGGCCCAAACUGCUACAGACAGGACUCUGUUUUAACACACCUGUAACAUUGUUUAGUUGGAGUGGUUUGUGAAUUGUAUCUUUCCAAACUGAACAUUAAACUCAGUUUUCUUUUAGCUUGUGAUACAUUUCAACCUACUUUAAAGAGAAUAAUAUCAAUACAGUUUAGACUUUGCAGACUUUUUGUUUACAUAUUUCUUCCCGCAAUGAAACGGAAAUUCAUAAAUUAAAUUCAACCCAUUAUCACCUUUAAGCCUUUUAUAAAUUAUUUUGAAUGGAAAAAAGUUGUUUAACAAAUUAAAUCAUCAAAAACGCAAUGAAAAAAGAAAAAGUUUAGAGUCACAUUACUUUUAGACUUAAUCUCAGAUCAGCAGCGUUCAAUCCUACUCAAAGAUGCAAAACGUCGGACACCUCCUGCUCCAGAGAACCUUUUUCCACUUCUUAUGUACAGUAUUUAUUCUCAGAGCUGUUUUUUUAUGAGUUAAAUGCAAAUAUGCAAUGCAAACGUGUCAGGUUCAGCUUAUGUAACAUGCAUCUCCUCACCAUACUGUUCUGUUCUAUUUGUUUUCUUUAAAAAUGCUGAACAGACAUCAGUCUCGUAUUCUUUAAAAAAAUAAAGCUAUUUGCUGAUUUGAAUUUA